AUGGUCAGCUAUCGUAUGAUUGCCGUUGCCGGCUUCCUCGCCAGUGUCAGCGCUCUUCCGCUAAACAUUAACCUUGGCGCCUACUCUCCCGCAUUGGUGGUUGGUGAUGGUGAGAUUUCGUUCGGUGGAGGUCAAGAUGUGACGAGCUUGAUGAACGCCUUGGAGGGUGCAGCAGUCAACGCUGCUACCGGGUCGACUAGAGCCGCCACUCAAAAUCCUGCUUCCGCACCUGUAGCCGCAAGCCCUAUUACCACCCCAGUGGAAGAUGAUGGUGUUGUGGCCGCCCAAAGCAUUCCGAGCAAAGAUGACGAAAUUUCCAAAGCCCUUAAAGCCCCCGAGGUUCCCGAGGCUUCUGCCGCGUCCACUACUACUACUUCAGACCCUAACUUGGAGCAACAAGCCGCUCAAAUAUCAGGUCUACAAGGCAUGGGAAAGGAGAUCGCUCCUCGUGACUCCGAGUCUCCCAAGGCCAAGCGUGAUCUGGCUGGCUUUGACAGGGCUCUUACAUUUGCCGAGGCCGCCUUAACCAAGGGGCCUACCAUCCAGCUUGGCACUGGCGAGGGUGGUGCUGGUGUCGGUAUCAUUGUUGAUAACAAUGGCGGUGCUGUUGGCGAGCGUGCCAGGGCAGCUGCUAAGCGUGAUGAAUCUUCCUCGCAACCACGCCGACGAACCAAGGUUACCCGCAUGUAUGUCAAGCGUGGUGUCCCUGCUACUAUCCAGACAUCUAGUAAAUUCGAAGCUCGCUCCGUCCAGCCCCUCCCUGUUUCGCAGGCCGCAUCAGUGGCUAAGCGAGAAAGCACUUCUUCCGAUACCAUCGACGCCAUCAACCUAAACGUGGAUGACGCACAAGGCUUCACGAUGACGUUUGUUGAGACAACAGAAGACGAUGACGAUGCCGCGAUAGACGAAGCGCAUGAGUAA